UCUUCAUAUUCAUCCAGUGAUGACAUAAAAAAAGAUAAAAAAAAAAUACAUAAUCUUAGUUCUUUCAAAUAGCAAUAAUAAUCACAUAUAAUUCUACAACCAUGAGAAGAAAGGCUAAGAUUAUGGAGAAGGCCCUGGUCAAAAGGCUAUAAUAUGCUCUCAACUUUCAAGCACAUAGUGACAUUUGUUGAGGAUCCAUCCCCCAAUGCAAUGCAUUUGGCAAGCGAUGGGUUGCUCACAAACACUAUAAAUACUAAGUUCCAAUGCCUGGAUCUAAAUCACCACAAGAUUGAGCCUCAAUUUCCCUGCCAUUAACCACACCUUCUUGUUCCAUAAACACUAAGAACUCAAAAAAGAUGAGCCAUAACUCAAGUCUGAGUCAGAGCUUCGAAGCCGGUGAAACCAAGGGCCAAGCUCAGGAAAAGGCUAGCCAACUGGUGGAUAAGGCUAGCAAUGCUGCUGAAUCCUGCAAAGAGUCGGCUCAAGAGGCUGGGCAGCAGAUGCAGGCCAAGGCUCAAGGGGCAUGUGAUGCAGUGAAGGAUGCAAUUGGGAAGAAAUGAAGGUUUCCAAGCUCUCCAGUCCCAAUUGGAGCUUCUGAGCCUUCUCUUGCCAUGUUUUUCCAUUUCUUCCCUUUCAGAUGAUAUUACAUGACAUCCAUGCUCUUCCUUCCAUCAUCAUUCAUCAAGAGCUAGCCUUCAUUUGUUCUUCAUUUUCCAAGUUGAUUUGCAGAUGUAUUUCAAGAGCAUUGUAAUGGGUGUUAUAUUCAUUAAUUAAUGAAUUCCAUUCAUUUGCAGCUUCCAUAUAUCAAAACUUGCUAUGAUAAACACAUUUUUUGGAAACCCACUAGUUAGAAGAAGUACCUGCAACUAAUUUAAUUUCAUUCAUUAAGUCAAGUGUGUAACAAAAGAUUUAUAAUAAAAUUACU